UGUCCUCGGCGUUGCGUUCGGCUCCUUUUUUUUUUCCUCCGAGUUUGAAAGUUGAAAACAGAAUCUGAGGAAGAACCGGCGUGAAACGGACACACCGCUCCGAGGAGAAGGCAUGGGCUGCGGCCACAGCAAGAAAAAAACUAAAGGCAAGAAAGGGGAGAAGAGCCAGAGGGAAGACGGCCGCCGAGAUGGAGGUGAACGUACGUCAUGUGAGCUGGACUUGUGUCUGGAGAAGCAGCUGGAGCGCUUUGAGUGGCAGCUAAAGAUUUUAAAGGAAGUUGUCUCAGCCAAUGGGGAUUCAGAGAGGGCGGAGCUACUAACUCGUCACGCUGAUGAAGACGUGUGCGGCCUCGUCGUGAGCAUCCUCGAUAAGGUGAAAACGGAGACGACAGCGGACCUGAACGUUCUGCAGGAACGCAGGAAUAAAUCUGCUGCUGAAGAACAUGAACGACACGUAGAAGAGCUGCAGGCGAGACACGACCAGGAGAAAACCGAGCUGGCAGAAAAGUUUUAUGCGUCUGAAAACAUCCUGAAGAACAAAGUGGAGGCGCUGACGGCAGAGCUGCAGCUUUUCAACGAGCUGAAGAGACGAGUCGCAGAAUCAGACUUUAAGAAGAAUUUACAAAGAAAUAUUCAGGAGCACGGCAGCCCAGGUGAAUUCUGGGAGUCUGAGCAGGAGUCCCUGCUGUUUGUGAUCGAGAUGAAGACUGAGCGCGUGCGGGAGCAGAGCAGGAAGCUGCAGCAGAUGGAGGAGCUGGUGCAGAAGAAUCUGUCUCUGGAGGACCAGACUGUCCACGUCCUGCAGCAGAACGAGGACCUGAAAGUUCGGCUCAACAACUGCCAGACUCUCAUUCAGCAGUUUUCAAAAGAGAAGCUGGACCUAAAGGCCACGCUGGAGAGACAGGUAGCAGCUAACCAGAAGCUUUCUCAGGAAAAAGAGCAGCUGGUGUUCAAACUGAGACACAAAGACUCAUGUCCAACCAUCCACCUGCCGGCCAUGAUCCAGGAGAUCGCUCCUAGAUGACCCUGACGUCACAGUCCGGGUCGGAGGCUAGAACUGGGCCAGCAUGGAUCAGGUCUGCAGCUGCAUG